UCACUUUAAUAAGGAUUUUAGUGUAAUUUUUUUUAAGACUAAGACUGAGAUUCUAAGAAGAUGUAAGGGUAAUAUAUAAUUAGCAUUCCACCCGUCCUGCGGAAUAAUACUACGGGCUUGAGACUAAUGACAUUUCCCUGUGCCCAAACUCACGAGCUCUACCUAUUCAUCUUCGUGUUCUCCCUCCGCCGCAUCUUCACAACCACCUGCCAUUGCCACCUCGGGUACGCUUGUUAUCUGUUUGACGAUAUGCCAAGGCCGAUUCACUAAAGCGACGUCGCAGGCGACGAAGUUGGGUUCGAGGGUCAUUUGCGGACGGUCCAAUUUUGUGCAGCAGCAGCAUUAGGGGGAGGAAGAGAUAGCAGAGCGGAUUCGGGAUGCUGCCUCCUGUGGCGAGCAAGCGAUACGUGCUGCGGCUGUUCAUAUCGCUCAAGCACGUGACGGCCAACGUGGUGGACCGUCGCAGCGGGCGCGUGGUGGUGACGGCGUCCUCGGUGGAGAAGGCGCUCAAGGCGGGGUUCGAAUGCGGGCGCACCUGCAACGCCAAGGCGGCCGCGGCGGUGGCGGAGGUGCUCGCCAUGCGCCUCAAGGUCGACGGCCUGGCCCGGGAACCCAUCCACGCCGACGCUACCAAGGAGGUGGAGAAGAAAGGCUUCAAGAACCGCACCAAGGUGUGGGCCAUGCUCAACGCCCUCCGCUCGCACGGCGUCAACCUCAUCCUCGACCAAGGCGACAUCCGCCAUCCUCCUCCUCCUCCUCAUCUCCCUUGAGCGCUUGAUUCUUCAUAGAUCAGACAAUUGAUAUAUGAUGUCCUAUAUCUGUUCGAUCAAAUGCUUGUGCGGAUGUGCGAUUCA